CAAUACUUUACAGUUCAACAUACAGUUUACAACAGUUUUUUAAACUUAGAAUAAAAAAAAUAAUAAUAAAAAAUCCAUAAAUUUUAAAAAAUACUAUUUAAAUCAUAGUAGAACAAAACAAAAUCUAAUUAAUUUGCUAUUAAAAAGUGAUGAAUAAUAAAAUAAAAUUUAUAUACUGAAUUAUAAAAAAAAAUAUAUAUAAAAUUGUGCAAAUUAAAGAUUUUAUUAAAAGAUUAUAAAACAACAUUUUGAAAAAUGGCGCUCACUUUUAAAGUGCCAUUACUGGUGACGUUGCUGACAUUAACACAUGCUGCCCGCCUAGAUAAUAAAUAUUUACCACCACCGCCAAAUGCAGCUACGGCUGGUGGAGGUCCUGGCUUACAGGGACCAGGAGGUGGUGGUGGUAGACCUGGAGGUCCGGGUGGAUCUGGUGGCUUUGGUGGGGGUGGAGGAGGUGGCGGUGGUACGGGAGGAGGUUUUGGUGGUGGAGGUGGCGGAGGACCCACUGGGGGCGGUAAUAAUGGUUUGGGUGGUUUUACUGGCGCUGGUGGUCAAGGUCGUCCAUUUGGUCCUCAGGGUGGUGGUGCUGGCCCUAGACCAGGUGCUCCUUCUGGGCCUUCUGCACCUGCUGGUCCUGUUAUACCAAUAUUGUCAUUUGUAAAUGAAAAUGAUGGUGAUGGAAAUUAUAGAUUUAGCUAUGAAACCGGUAAUGGCAUCAAGGCACAGGAAGAGGGUACGGUUAAAAAUAAAGGUUCGGACAACGAAAUUCCAUCCGUUAUGGGUACAUUUUCAUAUACUGCACCGGAUGGACAGGUAGUUGAAGUGGCUUACACUGCUGAUGAAAAUGGUUUCCAACCUUCUGGAGAUUUAUUGCCAACACCACCUCCAAUUCCCGAAGCAAUUGCAAAAGCUCUUGCAGCCCAAGGUAUUCAACCUGCACCAGGUGGUGGCUUCAUAGGUGGACCAGGUACCGGAGCAGGUGGAGGCGGUGGUGCUGGUGGCGGUUUUGGAGGAGGUACUGGCCGUGGGGGAGUUGGUGGACCUGGUAGUUUUGGUGGAGCUGGUGGUGGUACUGGGGCCGGCGGUUAUGGUGGUGGUACUGGAGCUGGUGGUGGUUUUGGCGGUGGAACUGGCGCUGGUGGUGGUAGAGGAGGUGGUGCCGGAGGUGCUGGUGGCGCUGGUGGUUUCGGUGGCGGAGCUGGAGCCGGUGGUAAAGGAAGUGCUAGUGGUUUUGGUGGUGGAACGGGAGCAGGUGGUGCGGGUGGACGAGGAGGUGCUGGAGGAUUUGGCGGCGGUGCCGGCGGUCCUGGUACAUCUUAUGUUCCGCCUCCACCUGGCCAACCUGGUCGCGGUCAUGCAAGCGGCGAUUUCAAUCCUCAAACUGGCUACAACUACUAAAUUAAAUUUCUUAUGCAAAAUUUACAUGCAACGAUAUCUGCCACAAAUACUCGUAGCAUUUAAGUGUUUUCUCUCUUACCUUAACAUGGAACUAAUUUCAAAAAAAACCCUUCACCUAACAUUAUAUAAACAUCUGACAGGAUUUACAUUUAAGUUACACAUUUUUAGAAACUUUAAACAUCUUCUCGCUGUAAACAAAAUGGCUCAUAGUAUAAGUGAUUGUUAUUUAACUUUUCUUUAUUAAUUUUUUAUAUUUAAUGGUAAUUAAAAAUAUAUUUGAAUAUGGCUAGUGACCCGCAAAAUUCAAAAAAAAAAAAAAAAAACUUUAAAAUACUGAAAUUAAAACAGCAUUUGCCAAAUUCUUUGUAAAUAUAAUUAAGUUUGUACUUGUAAAAACAAAAAGGGAAUUAAUUAAAAAAGAAAAUAAUUUUAAUAAAAAUAACUAAUUAUUUUUGUAA